UUUGAAAAGUUUAAAUUAUUUCGUGUCUCCCUUUUACGAUUUUCAUUCUUUUUUGAUUUUUGUUCCAAUUUCCUAGCGUUGUGUGAAUUAUAUAAUGUUACUUAAGCAAGUUUGUCCUGGAAAGUCUAAUGGACUUGUCCAAAGCUUUCAUACGGCAUACUGGGAGAAUUCUCGUUACCUUAUAUAUGGUACAGGGAAUAAACUUGUAAUUUAUAGUGGACUUUCGGAAUUGGUUCAAACAAUAAAUGCCUCCGAAUUUUUAGAGGAGGAAUCGAAUAAAGAAAUAAUUUUUUCCGCAGAGUUAUCAGAAUUUGAUGGAAAGAUUGCUAUAACAAUUGGAACAAAUGUGCUUAUAUUUAAACCAGAUCAAGAUGAUAAAACCAUGAAAAUUCGAUGGUCUUUAUUGAAAAUACUGAAACAUGAUUAUUCUGUGUUUUGCACUUCAUGGAGUUUAAUUAAUGGUCAACUCUUGGUGGGUGGAGAAGCUAUUGUUCAUUGGGAACAAAAUAAGUCUAAUGAAGAGAAUCGUAGUAAAUGGAACAAAUUAUGGGAACAAAGCGUUGCUUCUAAAAUAAUUCAUAUUGAAGUAUCACAAGAUUCUACAUUAAUUGCUACUGUUGGAGAGUAUGAUAGAUUUGUGAAAAUUUGGUGUUGUCAAAAAAAUGAUGGCAAGGAACGAAAAUAUAAAUUUCAUUAUUUGCCACAUCCAAGAUCAGUAACCAACUUUUCAUGGCGGAAAGGUCCACAUGAACAAAUAAAUUCACAAGGGAGCAAUAUUCUCUUAACAGUUUGCAAGGAUGGAUUAUGUAGAAUAUGGGCUGCAACAAACCCUGAUGAACCUCAUAAUCUUUAUAUAUGUACAGUUGUCGACCCCGAACAAUCAUUGGUUACACUUCCUUCCUUAGAAGAAGAGAGAAUCUGUCAUAAACAUUUUGAUUGUUUUUCGCCCAUUCAUUGGAUACAUCCAAGAGAAUUUUUGAUAUCUGUAAAAUUAGCUAUAGAUUCCUUUGAAAAUGAAAACAAUGAAACAGAACGGUCCUGUAUAAAUGAUGGAUUAAAGAAGUUAAAAACCCUCGCAAAAGAUACACCUGAUUUGUUUUAUCAGGUUCAACAAGAUGGUUCUAUCGUUAUUUGGGGAAUAAGGAAUAUUUAUUGUAGGCCCAGACGGAUUCCAAAAGUUCUCGUCUUAUUUCGUGCAUCUCAGGUGCUUUCACCAUCAGAAUCGGAUUAUUUUCAUGGAAGUACAUUUGUGUUUCAUGAUAAUACAAGUCCGGAUUUUAAGAGCACUUCGGUGGAACUUACAAUAUUGGCUCAAAGUCCGCAAGGUUAUAUUAGCAGAUAUUCAAUUCGUCUCGUUGAUAUGUUCGAAAAUUUGCAAUCAAUUCCGUUAGAAUUAAAAUAUUUAUGGACUGGACAUCAUAAUGAUAUAAAAGCUAUCAUUAAAUCUUCUGGAACUGACAGCUUCGUUUCACUUGCUAGUGAUGAAGGAGCAAUCCUGUGGGAUUUUACGAAGCCUGAGAUAUCACAGCUUGUUAAUCAAGUUAGCCCAAAAAUUAUUGAAAAAACUACUGUUCCGAUGAAACAAAUUAAGCUUGUAUGUGUGCUUCCAGAAGGAAAAUGUGUUGUUGCACAUGACGGAAUUCAAAUUGUCCUUUUCAUAUUCGACGAUAGAAAUGAUUUUACUCAAAAGAUUGUUUUUAAUGAUUAUGAUGCUUCUUAUGAACUGCUCUUGUUAUCUUCUUAUAAACAUAAAACUUCCUCGUCUACUCCUACUUAUAUUGUUGGAGUAAGCUCUCAUAAGAAUACAAUUUUUUGUUGGAAAUUUUUUUUUGACAAAGGUUCAAAAGUUGACUUGGUUUCGAAGGCUUCUCUUCCUAUUAACAGUCAGAUUAAACUGGCUGUAUCUGUUGAACAGUGGGCGGGGUCUAAUAAAAGAUGUUAUCCAUCAAGUGACUUAUCUCCUCCUAUAUUAUUGACAUAUUCUGAUGAUGGAUGUAUCAUGUAUUGGCAAUUAAAUAUGAAAUAUGAUAGCAAUAACCUUGAUGCUAAUAAAGAAUUAUGGAUGAAAGAAGUUGUUUAUGACAUCGGAACCAAAGAGCCAAUGUUAAUCAAAUGUGGUCCACAGGGGAGAGCUGCAAUUGUUAUGAAAAAAGGAAAUAAUUAUGAAAUGACGAUAUGGGAAUGCAUAACUAAAAGAUUGCCAUCUGCAAAAGAUUUUAUAGAAGAAUUUAGUGAAAAAAUUGUUGAUAUAGGUUGGCUUUUCACUUCUAAUGCUGAGAUUGUAUUAGCUAUAUCAACGUCGCGAAAAAUUUGUAUUUAUACUCAACUUCGUAAACACCAUGUUUCCGGACGAAGUUCUUGGAUUAUGUUUUCAGAAAUUGAGAACAAUUCUGCAUUACCAAUUUCUGCUAUAUCUUGGGAAAAUUUGGGUUCACUUAUUGUAGCUAAUUGUAAUCAAUUACGUUGUUAUGACAAGUGGUUAACAGAAGAAAAUAUGGAAAAAGUUUCUAGUAUAACUGGGGUUAAUCAAAAAAAGUAUCCUACAUUGUUUCAUGUUGUUGACCAUUUGAAUGGUCCAUUACCACAUUAUCAUCCAACGUUUCUUUUAGAAUACAUUAUGUGGGAUCAAAUGGAUUUGGUGAAGCAGAUUUUUGCCCACCUUUAUAAAUUUCUUAUAAUUUUGGAUAGAACAAAUAAACCUAUUGAACGAAUUCUUCCCUUACCAUUUGACAAAUUUUUCCAGGAUAACAUGUCAACAGCAUCAACGAAAACUACUCGCUAUAAUGUUCUUUUUGGAGAAGACAGUGAUGAAGAAGGAUCUCAAGAAAAUUUACUUGAAUUUACUGAAAAAGAAGCUAAUUUUUUGAUUGAAAAAUUACAAGUCAUUUCAUUACCUGACUUAUCACCCGUUGAACAAGCGCAAUUAUUAGCUUUAGUUAAUACCAUAAAUCAGGUAGAAAAUCAAAAACGAAGUUUGGACGAAAAUGGUGUUCGAUACGUAAUAUUUAUGCGACGGUAUCAUUAUUUAAAUAAAAUAUCCUUUGGUAUACGGUCGCCUGGUUUAAAUUAUCGAGAUAUGAACUGGGCAUUGCAUAGUAAUUCUCAGGAUCUUUUAAUAGAAUACAGCAUCCAAGCAUCUGGUGGAAAAUUUUUAUGGAAAGAUGCAAGAAUACAUGGUAUCUUUUUAUGGCUUCGAAGUAAUGAAUCAGUUCGACAACAAAUGGAAAACGUGGCUCGUAAUCAUUAUAUGUUGAAAGAAGAGAGAGAUCCAACAGAUUGCUCUCUUUUCUAUAUGGCAUUACGGAAAAAGAAAUUAUUGUUAGGUUUAUGGAAAACCGCCAAUACUCAUAGAGAGCAAGCGAUCAUGUUGAAAUUUCUUAUAAAUGAUUUUACCGAACCCAGAUGGAAAACAGCAGCUUUAAAAAACGCUUAUGCUCUGUUGGGCAAACAACGUUAUGGAUAUGCGGCUGCUUUCUUUCUUCUUGGUGAUCAGUUAAAAGAUGCUGUUAAUGUAUGCUUAAAACAUUUGGAUGACUUUCAAUUAGCUAUUGCUAUUACUAGAGUUUAUGAGGGUGAGGAUGGUCCUAUUUUGAAGAGCAUAUAUGAAGAUUAUAUUAUUCCUCUAGCCAUUAGAACAGGGGAUCGAUGGUUAGCCAGUUUGGCUUUUUGGUCAUUGAAUCAAAGAGAUAAAGCUGUGAAAGCUAUUAUGGUACCUUUGGAAACUCUGUGCGACAAGAAAGUAGAAACAACACCCUUAACCACUGAUUCUCCUGAUGCAGCUUUGGUAGUUUUAUACAAACAAUUAAAAGAUAAAUCCAUUCAAACACUGAGAGGGGCAGCAGAAAUUUCAUCAAAAACGGAAUAUUUCUUCGUGUUAAGAAGUAUUUUUGCUUAUGAUCGUAUGGGAUGUCCACUGUUAGCUCUUCAUCUCGUAAGAACAUGGACUUUUUCACAACAAUCAGAUCCAAAAAGGCCUGAUCAUAUUUUAAAAUCUAGACGCAGAACAACUAUUUUUGACAUACCAAUGGCAGAUAGUGAUGGUGAUGAUGUUAUUUCGAAAGGUGUUGUUAAUUUUGAUACAUGGGAUUGGAAUGAACCAAUUUCACCAGUUUCUUCAAAAUUUAGUAAACAUAUAACAGAUAAAUCCGAUGACCUUUUUACAGAAGAGCCAAGUCCCUUAGUUAGUCCUGUUACGCCUAGAAGAAUAUCGUUUAAUGAUAAUUCAUUUAAAGAUUCAACAAAUGAAGAAGAUAUAUGGGGAUGGAAUACUCCCGGACAUUAUCAAAAAUUAAACUCGUAUAAUUCAAAAAAUACUGAUAUUUUUGCUAACAAUAAUGAAGAAACUCUUGGUAAAGGUGAUAUCGAAAAUGAUGCAGGAAAUAAUGCUACAUUACUAUAUGAUGUAGAUUUUUAUGAUUAUAAAGUUUCUUUGGUUAAAAGAUUAUGUCAACAAUUAUUGGAUGUAGCAAUGGCUGUUCAAGAAAAUCCAGAAUUAUUUGAGCAUUCUUAUUAUAUUGAUUAUAUUAAUAGGGCCGAACAAGGAUUAAUAACCAUAUGUGAAAAUGUUAAAGUUCCAAUAUCAGAUAUAAAAGAAUCACUAUUAUUAUAUCCUUUAUAAAAAUAUUAGUAUGUUUAUUAUAUAAUCUGCAAUAUUUAUCUUUAACUCCUUUUUUUUUUGAUUUGUACUAGGUGUAUUGAAACGGAUUCGUACAAUCUUCUAAAAUAUUUAAAAUAUUUCCAACCUCUUGAUUCGACAAACGACGGUAAUUAAAUUCUUGG